GCCGGCGGCGAGCCGGCGCCGGCGCCAUUGCCACUCCGCGCGCGACAGGAGGAGGCUAACCGCGGCCAGGCGCUUCUCAUCACGAGACGCCGCAGGAUGCAGAUGCGCAAGCUCAAGCGCAAGCACAAGAACAUCGUGGACCCGGUGCUUCUGGCCGACGUGGAGGAGCUGGUGCAGCGGCUGCACAGUCUAGUCAUUCCGCGUGGCCCCGGCCGGCCCGGCCCGCCGCUGGAGAACCGGGUGCCAACUAUCUUUCAGACGAGAAAGUACACCAAGAAGCGGAAACAGCUCCUCGAGAAGGCCAAGGCGGAGAAAGAGAGCGACGAUAAAGCGAAGAGGAAGGCGAAGAAAGAUGUCAACACCCCUCAGGAGGACGAGGCGAAAGAGCAGUGCCUGCCACUGAAGAAGCGGUACCACCACAUCAGCCAAACGAUAACCGACUCGGCCAGUGCCGCUCCAGAGAAGCCCCUGGAAAAGCCGCUCGUCGCCAAAGCUGCUGAAAAACCGCAAGUUCCCAAAGCGGCGGAAGUCCCUGCUCCCAAAGCGGAAAAGGUUCCGUUGAAAGCGGCGGAUAAAGUUCAAACCCCGAAAUCCUCUGAAAAGUCGUCACCGGCCAGAGGCGUGGACAAGGCUCAGCCUGCCAAGGCUGCCGACAAUAAAUCUGUGAUCUCGAAAUCGUCGGAGAAAUCUCAAGCUGUUAAGGUGUCUGACAAGCCAGUUAGCUCGAAGUCAUCGAGUAGGCCAACCUCUGCCAAAUCGGAGACUUCUGCGAUUCAAAAGCCAGCCGCUGCAGCGGGUCACAAGACGGCUGGGGCUGCGAGUCACAAACCGUCUGCGGCUGCAAAUCACAAACCGUCGGCCGUGGCGAGCCAAAAGCCGUCUGCCGCAGCGAGUCAGAAGCCAUCUCCUGCGGUGGGUCAAAAGCCAUCUGGUGCAUCGAGCCAAAAGGCCUCUGCCGCUGUCAGUCAAAAACCGACGGCGGCGUCAGGUCAGAAGCCGGCUGCUGCGGCGAGUCAGAGGUCGUCCUCUGCGGCGGGUCGCAAGCCGUGUGCAGCAGUGAGUCAGAAGGCGUCCGCCACGGCGAGUCAAAAGACGCCGGUGACUGCCAGCGAGCCUCCGGCCGCCGCCAAGACCGCGCGGGCUCCCGAGAAGCCGCGCGGCCGCGCUCGCGCAGCAGCGGACGCGGACGCGACGCCACCGCCCGCCAAGUCGAGUCAGGCGGGGCAGUCCGUCCGGUCGCCGCCCGACGCCGCCUCGCUCGUCGUCAAACGCAAGCGCCGCAAGAUCAAUCGCACCGGCUUCCCCAACAAGAAGCGCAAGAUCCGGCUCAAGUCAACGCCGUCCACGCCGGAGUCGGCCGCCGCCACCCCGGAGACGCCUGCCGACACCCCCGAGACGCCGACGGCCACCCCAGCCGCCGCCGCCACCGCCGCCGGCAGUGGGUCGGUACCGGGCCGGUCUGCAGACAGAAAGCGCAAGAAAGAGGCGGUUUCCGGUCCCAACAAACGGGCCAGAAUGGAGAAGCCCGACCUGGCCUUGCACGAGGACGACAUCUACUUCGAGAGCGACCUGCCCAUCUCGGAGUCGGGUCCGUCGAGCGAGGUGCCCUCGGGUGACGAGCUGCACCGGCCGGCCGCCGCCUCCAGCAAACACAAGCUGGCCGCGCCCCGCUGGAAGAAGAAGAAGUACCUCACGGCCGGCCUCUUCUCCGACUUCUACAAAGUGGAAAGUGAGUCGGAGCGGCCGGAGCUGAACAAGUCGCGCCUCUUCUACGAGCCGUCCGAGCACCCACACGGCCUCCUGCCGCCGCCCUGCUACGAAGAGAAGUGGCUGCGCCAGCGGCUGCGCGACUUCACGCUGCCCUACGACCUCUGGUGGCUGCAGGCCAACGCCCAGCUGCCCGGCCGCGACACGGUCGCCUCCUGGAACUACAAGAAGCUGCGCACCAACUACUACUUCGACGUGAAACCGCCGCCGUACCGCGAGGCGGAGACGUGCUCAUGCCGGCCGCCAGUCGACCCGCAGCGGCCCGGCUGCGGCGACGACUGCAUCAACCGCGUCAUGUUCGUCGAGUGCAGCAGCUCGUCGUGCCCGUGCGGCGACCGCUGCGACAACCAGAGGAUCCAGCGCCACCGCUGGACGCCCGGGCUCGUCAAGUUCAUGACCGGGGAGAAGGGCUGGGGCAUCAUGACCAAGCGGCCGAUCCGAGCCGGCACCUUCAUCCUCGAGUACGUGGGCGAGAUCGUCAGCGAGAAGGAGUUCAAGCGGCGCAUGCAGACGCGCUACAUCAACGACCAGCACCACUACUGCCUGAACCUGGACCGUGGCAUGGUCAUCGACGGCCACCGCAUGGGCAGCAUCGGUCGGUUCGUGAACCACUCGUGCUCGCCCAACUGCGAGAUGCAGAAGUGGGAGAUGAACGGCCUGCACCGGAUGGCGCUCUUCUCCCAGACUGACAUCGCGGCCGGCACCGAGCUCACCUACGACUACAACUUCUCCCUCUUCAAUCCGGCCGUGGGCCAGAAGUGCCACUGCGGCUCGCCGGACUGCCGUGGCGUGAUUGGCGGCCGUUCUCAACGCGUCGGCCCGCCGCCGCCCAAGCCGCCACGCCGUCUCUCGGUCAGCUCGGAGCAGCCCGAGUCGGUGUGCCGCGAGCCCCAGACGCUGCCCGUGCGUCCGCUCUCGGCGCGUGACGUCCGCUUCAUCCGGCUGCACCGCUCCUUCCUCGUCCGCAACUACGAGAAGAUGCGUCGCCAGCGGGACCGGCUGCCGGACGGCGAGACGUUCCGUGCGCAGCUGCGCGCGCUCGACAGCUCGCGCUCGGUGCGCACCCGCCGCCUGGCGGCCGCCGAGGAUGACCCGCUCAAAGUGCGCCAGCUCAGGCUGGCGCACAUCCUCAAGGAGAUCUACCAGGCGGUGGUGGCCUGCAACGGCGACAAGCUCGACCCGAGCCCGAUCGAGGCGCUGACGCUGCCGCGCAAGCCGAGCGUCGAGCCGGCCGACGCCGAGUCGGUCUCGCUGCUGCCGGAGCCGCUGGGCAUCGCCGAGAUCGAGCGGCGCAUCGUCACCGGCCAGUACCGCUCGGCCGACGCGUUUGACCACGACUUCCGGCGGCUCUUCACCACGCAGCUGCGCGCGCACGGCCGCUGCUCGCCGGUGGGCGCGGCCGUGCUGCGGCUCAAGCACAAGUACGCCGAGUUCAAGACGGUCAUGAUGAGCCAGAUCCAGGAGAUCCUCGGCGUGACGCCGAGCAGCUUCCGGCCGCCGGCCAAGCGGCGCCAGGACAGCGGCCUCGACGGCGAGGAGGACACGAUCCGGUGCGUGUGUAACCUGCACCGCGAGGAGGGCCUCAUGAUCCAGUGUGAGCGCUGCCUCAUCUGGCAGCACUGCGACUGUGUGGACGCCGACCCGGCCGUCGAGAGCUACGUCUGCGAGCUGUGCGAGCCGCGCGACCUCAGCCCGGAGGUGCGUCUGAAGCCGCAGCCGGAGGACGCCGAGCCUGGCCUGGUCUACUACCUGUCGCUGGUGCGGGACGACCUGCAGGUUCGCCAAGGCGACUGCGUGUACAUCAUGCAGGGCAACAUGGUGAAGGCGGCGCAGGAGGCGGGCAUGGUGCCCUACAAGUACAUCACGCGUCUAGUGCCGGAGGACCUGCUCAUCUUCCGGGUGGAGAAGCUGUGGAAGGACGAGAGCGGCGCACGGUUCGCCUUCGGCUAUCACUACUGCCGGCCUCAAGAGACAUACCACGAGCCGACGCGCAAGUUCUACCCGAAGGAGGUGAUGCGCUCGCCGCUGUACGAGGUGGUGCCGCUCGAGCUGGUGGUGGGUACCUGCUGGGUGCUGGACGCCAACACCUACUGCAAGGGCCGUCCGGUCGGCGCCCAGGAGCAGAGCGUCUACAUCUGCGACUACCGGGUGGACAAGUCGGCCAGGCUGUUUGCCAAGAUCAACAAGAAUCGACACCCGAUCUGCACCAAAGCCUUCGCGUUCGACACGUUCGAGACGCGCCUGAAGAUAUCUAGGACGUUCACGCCGCACGCCGAGGAGGUGGCGAAGAAGAUCAACACGGAGAAGGCCAAGGCAAAGAAAAGGGAGGAGGCGCAGGCGGUGCCCAAGCCGGCCAAGCCCAAAGCGGCCAGGGACGUGUCCAGGCACGCGGCGCUGCCGCCCAAGCCGGAGACGCCGGAGGAGAAGCACGCGCGUCAGUACCGGCGCUUGGACGGUGUGCUGCUGCGCCUGCUGGCGCGUCUGCCCGGCCCGGCCGUCGACAUCUCGCACCUGCUCGACUCGGGCAAGCGGCACCGGCGGCGGCCGUCGCUGUUAGAUUUUGCACUGUGCUUCAUAGAGCUAGAGGUGCCGGAGUACGCGACCGUUAUGCGGGAGGUGUGA